CUUCGCUUCGCGAAACCAACACGUACGCCGGCUGGUUAACCUCAUCGCGCCUGACCCGACCCUGUGGUUAGCGCGUGGUCACCCGAGACCCCAGCCCAGUCCCUUGGUUAGCUGCGGGUGUGCUUAUAUACUCCGGUCCGCGGGUGGCCAUGGCGGAGCUCGAGGCCUUGAUCGGGCUGGUGGUUGUAUGAGAGGUGGCGCGCCGGCGAUGAGCUGCCACGGGUGCCGCGUGCUGCGGAAGGGGUGCAGCGAGGCGUGCGUGCUGCGGCCGUGCCUGCAGUGGAUCGAGGGCGCCGAGGCGCAGGGCCACGCCACCGUCUUCGUCGCCAAGUUCUUCGGCCGCGCGGGGCUCAUGUCCUUCCUCACCGCCGUCCCCGAGCCGGAGCGCCCAGCGGUGUUCCAGUCGCUGCUGUACGAGGCGGCGGGGCGGACGAUCAACCCGGUGAGCGGCGCCGUGGGGCUGCUCGGGGCCGGGAGCUGGCACCUCUGCCAGGCGGCCGUGGAGACCGUCCUCCGCGGCGGCGGCAUCCGCCCGCUCCCGGAGCUCGACGGCGGGCUCCCUGUAGCAGACGGCCGCGAUCCGCGCGCUCUCACGGCGAGGCGAGCCGUGGCGGGGUGCUCGACGUUCUCGGCGGCGAAGCGGGCGGUGGCGAGGGCGCCUGUCGCGGCUCACGCCUUCCCGGAGCCCUCGUGCGACCUCGGGCUGUGCCUCAGCCCCGGGUCCCCGCCGGCGCCCGGGGAGCGGCGGCCCGGCACGCCGUCGAUGACCUCGGAGGAGUCCGUGACGACGACGAGCGGCGGCGGCGGGAGGGAGCCCGAGCUGCUGAACCUUUUUGUUUGAGAGUUAGCUAGACUGCUAAGCUCCGGAUCGUGUGCCUUUCGGCGGUGUACCGUGCAGCUGUGCUGGAUCCCGGCGAAAAUGUUUGCUAGCCCCUCGCCGGCGAGGUAUCCGUAGUCUUCUCCCUUUUUGGGCGCGUGCGUAGAAACCGCCGAACGCCGGCGCCGGCAGCCCUGCCUGCCGCCGUCUGUUAACUAGUAUAGUACAAAAUUUCUCUCGUUCCUUACCCGCUCUGUUGGCAACGCUGCAACGCCUCUGGAUCGAUCGCUGAAUAAAAUUGUAAACUAAGGUAGU